AUGGCCGCGCUCGCGCUGCCGCUGCUGCUGCUGCUGCUGCUGGGGAGCCCCAAAACCGCCCAAAACUGCCCCAAAAUUCCCCAAAACUGCCCCGGGAACCCCCCCGGGAGCCCCCCAGGGACCCCCCAGAACUGCCCCGAAAUUCCCCAAAAUUGCCCCGAAAUUCCGCCCGAAAUUCCCCCAAAUUGCCUCAAAGACUCCCAAAAUUGCCCCAAAAACUCCCAAAAUCGCCCCGAAAUAUCCCAAAAUUGCCCCGAAAUCCCCCCCGGGACCCCCCAAAAUUGCCCCGAAAUUUCCCCCGAGACUGAGCCCGAAAUUCCCCAAAAUUGCCCUGAAAACUCCAAAAAUUGCCCUGAAAACUCCGAAAAUUGCCCCAAAAAUCACGAAAAUUGCCCCAAAAUCCCUCCCGGGAUCAACUCCGGGGCUGACCCCAAAACCCUCCAAAAUUGUCCCAAAAAUCCUCAAAAUUGUCCCGAAAACUCCCAAAAGUUCCAUGAAAAUUCCCAAAAUUGCCCCGAAAAUUCCCAAAAUUGCCCCAAAACCGAGCCCGGGGUGGAGCCCGGGAGCUCCUCAGGGAGUGACCCCGAAAAUGCCGAAAUUUGUCCCAAAAAUUGCCCCAAAAAUGGCGAAAAUUGCCCCGAAAUUGAGCCCGGGAUGGAGCCUGAGGAUGGUCUCCUGGUGCUCACGGUGGCCACAGAGGUCACCGAUGGCUCCUCAGCGCUCACUGGGGUGGGUCUCCUGGUGCUCACGGUGGCCACAGAGGUCACCGAUGGCUCCUCAGCGCUCACUGGGGUGGGUCUCCUGGUGCUCACGGUGGCCACAGAGGUCACCGAUGGCUCCUCAGCGCUCACUGGGGUGGGUCUCCUGGUGCUCACGGUGGCCACAGAGGUCACCGAUGGCUCCUCGGUGCUCACUGGGGUGGGUCUCCUGGUGCUCACGGUGGCCACAGAGGUCACCGAUGGCUCCUCAGCGCUCACUGGG